CUGUAAUACCCCCUACUAACUCAGUGAGUGGAACGAGUGAAGACAUCAGUGUGGAUUAUUUUUUCAACAGUAGUAUUAAGUGAUUGUUUCUUCUUUGUCUUGGAAUUAGUGGUCUGGAAUUAGGUAUACAGACACACUCUCUAAGAAAGUACUGCAGUUGGUAGCAGAAAGCAGCCGAGGCUAAACCUGGUGUAAAAGCACCAUUAUCACCAGCUCUUUUUGGUGUUCAAACAUGGAAACAGAGAAAGGACAAGUUUAUCUAGUGACUGGAGGAUGUGGUUUCCUUGGACUUCACCUUGUUCAUAUGCUGGUGGACCGAGGAGAGAACAUUGCUGACGUUCGAGUCUUUGACCUCUUCCUCAAUGAAAGCAUGAAAGACCUUGGUUCAGAUAAAGUGAAGGUGAAAUUGAUUCAAGGAGAUAUUACAAGUUUCCAGCAAGUGUCUGAUGCAGCAGAGGGUGCUGAUGUAGUUAUUCACACUGCUAGCCUGGUCGAUGUGUGGAACAGGGUCCCAGCCAGCAAAAUUGAGGAGGUGAAUGUUCAAGGUACACAGCAUGUGAUUCAGGCCUGUGAGGAUCAUGGGAUACAAUACCUGAUCUACACCAGCAGCAUGGAAGUGGUCGGACCAAACAUGAACGGGGACCCUUUCUUCAGGGGGAAUGAGGAGACUGAGUAUAAUGUUUACCAUGGAAAACCUUACCCAAAGAGUAAAGCAAAUGCAGAAAAGCUAGUCAUCAAAGCAAAUGGAAAACAGGUCAAAGGAGGGAAACGACUGUAUACAUGCUCAUUGCGACCCACUGGAAUUUAUGGAGAAAACCAUGGUCUAAUGAAGGAAUUCUAUGAACAGGGGGUACGAAUGAGACGUCGUAUGGUCCGGGCCAUUCCCCGAAACACAGAACAUGGCCGAGUCUAUGUGGGUAACGUGGCUUGGAUGCAUCUUUUGGUUUCAAAGAAGAUUCAGGAAAACCCUGACAAGAUUGGAGGCCAGAUUUACUUCUGCUAUGAUGAGUCACCCUACAAGAGUUAUGACGAUUUCAACAUGGAGUUUCUGUCCGCCUGUGGUUUUCAGAUGAUUGGUUCCCGCCCUGUUAUCCCAUACUUCAUCUUGUACGUGAUGGCUGUCAUCAAUGAUGUCUUGCACAGUCUUCUGAAACCGAUCUAUAACUACUGCCCCCUUAUGAACAAAUACACCCUGGCAGUUGCGACAACAACCUUUACGGUCAGCACAGACAAAGCCGAGCGGCAUUUUGGUUACAAACCCAUCUACUCCUGGGAGGAGAGCAAGAGAAGAACUAUCACUUGGAUUAAAGGCAUUGAUGAAGAAUAUCAAAAGACAAAACAGAAGGGAAAAAAUUCUGCAUAAUGACUUACGGGCUGAACCAGUAUUGCUAAUUCACACAGCAGAGAUCUGUUGUGUUGGGGGGGGGGUUAAUUUAUACUGAUCUGAAUUCCUUUUGCUGUGUUCCAAUGACUGUUUUUGCAUAGUUAUACAUAUAAAGUGACAUAUGUAAAAACUGAAUGAUAUGAAGGAAUAAUAACAUAAUUAACCUCUGAUAUAUAUAUUUUUAUUUCAUGUUCUCUCCAAUAGUGCAGUAAGGUCCUCUCUGUUGAAAUAGUGAGGAUUAAAGUAAGUCAUCUUUCUUAUAGUACACUUAAUCUCUCUCAUGGUCCACACCACCCAAACAGAACACCUACAGAGGUAUAUUCAGAUUAUAAUUUUUUUAUUUGAAGGAAAACUGUGGGCUAACAAAACGUGUAUUUUGGUCAUGCCUCUAUCUUUUAUGCAGUAUGAAUAAUCCUACGUUAGGCCAAGUGGUUACUGUUGCUUUGUAUUAGCUGUUCUGUGUACCCCCACGACAGAGUAACCUGUUAUGACUGACUUAGAACCACAGUGGCUGCUUUGAGUUUAGGCUUGCUUUGCUUAGGUCUGGAGAUAGCUGCCAACAGAUUCCAUCAAGUCACCCUUUAAAAUAUGCUAGGCCGCAAUCUCCAGCACAAUUUUAUGAUUCUUAUUUUAACAUGUGACAGGCUUUAAUUUACUUGUAUUUUUAAGAUACUUAAACUUCAUUCUUACUGGUUUCCUUUACACAACUUCUCUCACAUUGUGUCAGUUGUUCUUAUUAUUCAUUGCCUGUGUAAUUUUAUUUAUUUUUAUUUUCCCUUUUUCACUGGGCAUUCGUGGACCUUUUUCAGUCAUGACCAUGAGGAAAUGUAUACAUGUAAUUACAUGAAAAUAUGCGUGAGUCUGAUAUGCGACAUAUGAAAUAUGUUGCAUGGCAAGUUUGUAGAACAAGUUAUGUUGUAAGUGGUAAAAGCCAGAAGUCACACAACUGCAUUCCCUAAUUGCAGAGUAGAAGCUUUGCUUUUUCUUCAGUUUUUCACUUUGGUUCCCCUCUGUUCAGCAAGUUUCCUCCAGCUGCACUGCUUGACCCAUUUGUCCUUACGAGAGUCCAAGGUGUAUGGCCCAUUCGUUUCUCUAGGGGUUAGUGCACCACGACUGGCACCAUUAGCCACUUGGGGGACUCAUAUUUUUGCAUUCGCCUGACUUUUUCCCUGUGCAUGUCCAAUGACAUCUCUGGGUCUAGGUGCAACAUGGGCUUUGUGCAAGCCUGUUGCUUCUGUGAGUAAAGUAAGCCUGAAGAGACCCCUCCCGAUUACAACAAAUGCCUUCAAUGACUGUCAACCUCCAGUGAGGAGCUCAGACGGAGAACACCUUCACAAGCAUAUGUCUCCCCCUCCACCAAGAUAGAAACAAGCAUUGUCAGACCUUUCAUUCUGCUCCUGCCUUCAGUUCAUUGAAAAUGCUGAGUGUUUCUGGAUUGUCUGUGGGUACUCAAAGCUCUAGUGUUGUACACCUCAGCAUAGAAAAAACACAACCUAUUUCAUGCAUCAUACAAACCAUGCCACUAUAGUUUUAACUCAUCUUCUUUUCUGAUUGUUUUAUUCUUAUUAUUAGUUUAAACUACUAUUUCCCAUUCACUCCAACAGGAUGCAGCAACUUUGCAAACUGUAUAGUGAACAUGGAGUUGUAUAGUCUUGUAAGUUUUUAUGACCAGACUGUCUUGUGGGUGGUUUGUAAUUGUACUCCUGAAGUCAUUUUACACUUUUUUGUUAUUCUAGUAGCCUAGUAAAGGUAACAUUCAAAUGUGUUAGUUUUAUAAUUCAGUUAUGUUUUAAGUUAGCUUAAUCUUGUGAGUAUAGUUUAUUUAUUUAUUUAUUUAUUUUCAUUUAUCGACUGGGGUAUCAGGACUAGGCCGAUAGCUCCCUUAUGAGUGUGGUCCCAAGGAGGAAAGUUCCCUAAAACAUUCAUAUUAACACAAGGAUGGAAGGUUUUAAUAAAAUAACACACAUACAAACAUUUGUUUGAAAAGAUACAAAAGUGAGAAUUAUUGCUGUAUAAAUGUUUGUUCAAUGUGUACGUUUAAUUAGAGAAAAUGUAUUAUGUAAAAGAAAUUGGACUAUAUAGAACAGCUUUUAGGAAAGAAAAUAUAACAUGACGGGAUUUGUGUGAGAAGGAAUGAGCAGAUGUUAAAGUGGGUAUUGAGGUAGAAAAAGACUUCGAGAGUAUGGGAAAGUGUUAGUAGGCAUGAGAGAGAGAGAGAAACUGUGGAUAUUGGUAAGGGACAAAGCUGGAUUUCAAGUGAAAUGGAGUGAAAUUUAGAACAAGCUAGAAGGAGUAGAGGAUUAACUGGGUAACAGCAGUAGUUUAGGUAGCAUACUCCUGUUAAUAUAAGGAGGUUUGGUAGUUACAAUUGAUAGAGCCUGGACUGUCACAGAAGUCAUAGUUUAAAGGUAUACAACCUUUUUAAUUAGUUAAAAGUUUUUGGUUUGAUUCUGCUCUUAGCUGUGUGGUAAUGGGAUUUUACAGUUCAGCAACCGAGGCUGAGUAAAGGGAGGCACUGUGAUGAUUGUUAGAUUUAGUUGUGGUGAUCUGACAUGGUCCCAUGAUCUAAGCAGUCUCUAGAUGAGAAUGCCCACAGGUGGUCAUUUCCUGGGCAUAAAGAGCAGAUAGUGCAAUGUAGUGCACUGGUUUAUCUGGUUGUAUGUAAUUAAAUAGUGGGGAUGUGGUCAGAGUAAUUGUUGUAGGGUAGGCAGUAGUGUGUUUUGUGUAUUUUUAUAUUUAUUCAUAUUCACCUAAGUGUUACCAGUAAUUCCAUUUCCUAGUAAUGUACCUUGUUAGGGUACUAUGAGUAUAUGUCAUUCCCAUGAAAUACAUAUUCACUGGAACUCGUUCUGAUAAAAAAUAAUUUGACCAUCUGAUGCAUAAAGUAAUAAGAACAGUCUGAUUACAAGGUGCUGUCCCCCCCUGCAGUCCACAUGACCCUGCAUCUCUGAAUACAUUGACUCCAAGAUCUUCACAACAGUAUAGUAAUGUUCUUACACACACACACACACACACACACACACACACACACACACACACACACACACACACACACACACACGACAAAUAGCCAUCAACUUUUAAGAAACUGUGAGGAAACCAGAGUACCAUGAGAAACAUCCAUUAUGAUUUGAAGAGAACAAACAAACUCCAGAACACACAAUGACCACAGAUCAGGAUUGAAUCCUGCAGAUGUUAGGCAAAAACCUUAACCACCAAGCUAUUAUGUACUGCAAUAACUCUUCAUUUGUGAUUAACAGCUGAAGGUAAGAAAGGAUAUGUAUCACUUUCCUGGAAACUGAGCUCCUUCUUAUAUAGCUGGACAUCUUAUGUACUUUUGAGGCAUCAAAAAUCUGAAUAUUUAUGGAUUCUUUGGAAAAACUGCAAAGAUCUAAAUACUCCUGAGCCCCUUAUACAUACGUAAAUACAUAAAUGCAUGCAUACAUAUAUACAUACAUACACCUCUUACUUCUCAAUCUCUUAGUGCAAAAU